CGCAGGCGCUGUGGCCGCCGCCCCGGCCCGUGGGAACAAAGGGAGCGCGGCCGCGCCGAGCGGAAGUACAAAUAUAAUGUCAGGUGGCUGAAAAUUUGACUAUCAAAAUGUCAAAAAGGCCAUCCUAUGCCCCACCUCCCACCCCAGCUCCUGCAACCCAAAUGCCCAGCACCCCAGGGUUUGUGGGAUACAAUCCAUACAGCCAUCUGGCCUACAACAACUACAGGCUGGGAGGGAACCCGGGCACCAACAGCCGGGUCACGGCUUCCUCUGGUAUUACCAUUCCAAAGCCCCCCAAACCCCCAGACAAGCCCCUGAUGCCCUACAUGAGGUACAGCCGGAAGGUCUGGGACCAAGUGAAGGCGUCCAAUCCUGAUUUGAAGUUAUGGGAAAUUGGCAAGAUUAUUGGAGGAAUGUGGCGAGAUCUCACUGAUGAAGAGAAGCAAGAGUAUUUGAAUGAAUAUGAAGCUGAAAAGAUCGAGUACAACGAGUCCAUGAAGGCCUACCACAACUCCCCUGCCUACCUGGCCUACAUCAACGCCAAGAGCCGCGCCGAGGCGGCGCUGGAGGAGGAGAGCCGGCAGCGGCAGUCGCGCAUGGAGAAGGGGGAGCCCUACAUGAGCAUCCAGCCCGCGGAGGAUCCCGAUGAUUACGACGAUGGGUUCUCCAUGAAGCACACGGCCACGGCUCGCUUCCAGAGGAACCACCGGCUCAUCAGCGAGAUCCUGAGCGAGAGCGUGGUGCCCGACGUCCGCUCUGUGGUCACCACAGCCAGGAUGCAAGUCCUGAAACGCCAGGUUCAGUCUCUAAUGGUUCAUCAGCGAAAGCUCGAAGCUGAGCUGCUGCAAAUUGAGGAGCGUCACCAGGAAAAGAAGAGGAAGUUUUUGGAAAGCACAGAAUCUUUCAACAACGAGCUUAAAAGGUUAUGCAGUUUGAAGGUGGAAGUGGAUAUGGAAAAAAUUGCAGCUGAAAUUGCUCAAGCUGAGGAACAGGCUCGCAAGAGACAGGAGGAAAGGGAAAAGGAAGCAGCUGAGCAAGCUGAGCGCAGUCAGAACAGCCUGGCAGCCGAGGAGGAGCAGGCAGCCAGCAAGGGGGAGGAGAAGAAGGAAGAGGAGAGCACUCCAAUGGAGACAGAAGAGCCUCACCCAGAAGAGAGCACAGAGAACCAGCAGAAUGGUGAGGAAGGAACCUCCACCCCAGAGGACAAGGAGAGUGGGCAGGAAGGGGUGGACAGCACAGCUGAGGAGGGAACCAGCGACAGCAACACCGGCUCGGAGAGCAACAGUGCGACCGUGGAGGAGCCGCCCGCAGACCCCAGCGCCGAGGAGGGAGAGAAGAAGGAAUAGCCAGACUCAGCUGCUGUGUCUCUGUAAUGAAGUACUGUUUGAUUUCAGAGCGUGCUCUGCGGCUGUUGUACCUUCCCUGCCUCUGUCACUUGUCUCCAAAGGACACCGGGGUUUAAUGACAGGUUAUCAGUGUAGCAAUGCAAAGGGGCCUGUAGGGGCACAGGGUGUCCUGCAGCAGGCAGAAAAGGAACCUCAUGUGUCUAAACACAGCUAUUACCAUGUGGAGAGGUGCUUAUAUCACUUGUAAUCCUUCCCUAGAAAGACACCACUGGUUUUGGUUUCUGUAUGAGAAAUCAGGCCUGCCCCUUUGUGGCAGCAGUGAGGUCUCACCUGUGCUGCAGUCCUGGCCUCACUGCACGAGGGACCUGCUCCUGGCAGUGCCACUGGUUUACUGGAAAGGCUGCAGUGUGGCUGAAGCAUUCAGACCUGUUCUUACUAUGGAGCAAAGACCUGAUGCCUGUCCAGGGUGUCCCUGCAGCCUCUCCUUACCUAACAACCCCAAAAGUCCCUCAUGUCCCACAACUACUGUGCUGCAUGUCAGCAAGGGCAAUUUCUGCUGGGGCUGCCCCAGUCUGUGCUUUUAAACAAAGCUCUCAGUCCUCAGGAGCAGCUCCAGAGUGAGGCUGAAAGUCUGGGUUUUAGGGGUUUUUUUGGUGUAACUUGUUUUUCUAGAGUAGCUGCUCUGUAGUGGUGGAAACUUGCUCAUGGUCUGUGUGUGGCAUGUCAGGAGAUCCAGUUCCAAAGGGCUCAGUGUAGUUUUGCAGGAAAUGACACAUCAUGAGGGAUUUUUUUUCUGUGGUGUAGGAUUCUUUUCAACAAGCCUUUGCUUUUCUUUCCCAAUUAACUCCUUUAUUUGCUACCAAGAGACCCUGGUGUGGCCUCAGCCAGAGACCUGGCACAGAACAGAGCAGGAGAGCGUUUAGACACGCACAUGUUCUCUGAACAGACAGUCACUGAUAUGGCACAAAUGGUAAAAUAAUAGUAGUUUUGCUUGUCAUGAGCUUUCAGAACCUCUGGAGACUCUACAAAUGUACUGAAAAGGCCAUAAUUUGCCCUAUAUAAGCAAAAGCCCACAAAUAAAUACACUGAAUUAUGGCAACAGCCAUGGGCCACUUCUUGACUUUACAACUGAGGGAACACACAACGUUUCAAUGAACCAAUGUGUAUUUGCAGAGCAGUGGGUCUAUCAGAUGGUGUUUUUUAAAUCCUUUUUUUUUUUUUAAUGGUCUAAAAAUAAUAAAAUUCAACAUGUUUGGUUUUUUUUAAAC